CCUUUCUAAAAAAAAUCAAAAGGAAAGUGAUUGUGGGGAGGGAAUGAGUAUUCAAAGCUGAGCCAAGGUUUCCUGUUGCAUGGGGCCAUAGAUAUAUAUAAAAACGAGCUUUUAAUGUGCUGGGCCAGUGUUUGCAAGCUGCUACGAGACCGGAGCGCUCCCUAACUGCCUGAUCGCCUUCCCAGAUCCCUGAGGGUUUUAAAGCAACCACAAUGAACAAGUUCCUGUGCUGCAUGCUUGUGUUGUUAGACAUCUCUGUGAAAUGGACUGUCCAGGAGACUCUUCCCCCCAAAUACCUCCAUUAUGACCCUACGAUCUCCCGUCAGUUGUUGUGUGAUCAAUGCCCUCCUGGAACCUACGUCAAACAGCAUUGCACGGCUUCAUCAAAGACUGAGUGUGCCCCCUGUCCAGAUCAGUACUACACAGAUGAGUGGAGCAGCAAUGAUGAGUGCCAGUAUUGCAAUGUGGUGUGCAACGAGCUGCAAUAUGAGAAAGUCAAAUGUAGCAGCACCCGGAACCGCUUUUGUGAGUGUGUUGAAGGACGGUACCUUGAUUUGGAAUUCUGCUUGAAGCACACAGCAUGCCCUCUGGGGUUUGGUGUUGCUGAGCAAGGUACCCCUGAAAGUGAUACAGUUUGCAAGAGAUGCCCAGAAGGCUAUUUCUCCAGUGAAACAUCAUCCAAACAAGCUUGUCAAAAGCACACUAACUGCAGCGCACUGGGCCUCAAAACGGUGCGCAAGGGAGAUGCCACACGCAACAAUGUGUGCCAAGGAGAAAAAAGUGACAAAUCAGAUCAGCAAUGUGAAAUCGAUGUAACCUUAUGUGAGGAAGCAUUCUUCAGAUUUGCCGUCCCUACGAAACCCACAUCCAACUGGCUGAACUUGUUAAAGGAAAGUCUGCCAGGUAUAAAGGUCAAUGCGGAAACUGUAGAAAGGAUUAAACAAAGGCACAGUCCUCAGGAGCAGACCUUUCAGCUACUGAAAUUAUGGAAGCAGCAGAACAAUGAUCACAUUAUGGUCAAGAACAUUAUGCAAGGUAUCGAUCACUGUGAAAAUAGCAUCUCAAAACACAUUGGCCAUCUCAACGUAACCUUUGAGCAACUCAACAUCCUGAUGGAAAACUUACCAGGAAAAAAACUAGGGAAAGAAGAGAUAGACCAUAUUCUGAGGAUGUGCAAAUCCACAGAACAGGUUCUCAAGCUUCUGAACUUGUGGAGAGUAAAGAAUAGAGACCAAGACACCAUCAAAGGCCUGAUGUAUGGGCUGAAGCAUUUGAAAACAUACCAUUUCCCCAAGACAACGAUCCAGGGCCUCCGGAAGGUAGUCAAGUUCCUCCACAGCCUCACCAUGUACAAAUUAUACCAGAAGCUUUUCUUAGAAAUGCUAGGAAACCAGAUCCAUUUGGUAAAAGUGAGACGUGUGUAGUUUCAGCUUUCUGAUAUUUCAUUCUCCACUUGCUGCUAGCAGUAACGAUUAAUUUUUUUGAAGGGGGAGGGGAAUGUUUUUCUCUAUUAUGCUUAUUUAUAUUUAUAUGUCUGACUGGGAUAGCUCAGAGUUAUCUUAGAAUUUUUUUAAUUAAUAUUGUUUUGGUUGUUGCAUUAAAAUCCUGAUCUGCAAUCUUUGCACAUCCAAGAUUCCCAGUGAAGCAGAUGUGCACAGAAAUACUGUCAGGGUUGCACCCAUAUUUGCUAUUUAUAUUCACUGAAAUCUACAAUGUUGUAUAUAUUUAUUAACUUAAGUGGCAACAGUUUGAGAUUAAAAGGGUCUAAACAGAUGCCUGCUUGUCAGGUGGUCAGCAGCACUACAAAAUUCUGCAUGGCAAAUUUGUGUGGGGAAACAAGGGUGGCAUUGACAGGGGGCAGCUGCUCUUUUGCCCCCACCCCCACCAAAGCUCUAUUCAGGUGUUCAAAAGAAUACAUGUGGGCACAAACUGUAGGGCAGCGGGAUAACUGUCCUGCCAGAUGUUUUGAAUCACCACUCCCUUCACCCCCAGCAAGCAUGACCAAUGGUCAGGGAUGAUGGGAGUUGUAGUCCAUAACAUCUGGAGGUUACCACAUUGGCUACUCCUGUUGUGAGGGAUGCAGGGCCAUGUCCCCAUGCAUGCCACACCCACCCCUCCACCACUAGCCUUUCUGUUUUGAGCAUUAAAGUCUGAUGGGGAAUUCUAAGCAUAUUCAGGUGAGCAUGCUUAGACUCCUUCCCACCUCUGGGAACAAUUACUGGGCAGGAUUCAACCACAUAUGUUUGGAAUGCUCUCUCAGACCUUCAGGAGUGGAGGGGGAAAGGCCAGUGUUUGCAGGGAGAAGUCCAGUAUGCGAACCCCAUGUUCCCUACAGUUGGUGCCCUCAAGCAUUUGUUUCAGAUUAUUCCUCAGGAGCACCUAUUAGGGAUGGGUGAGAAUUUUGAUUCAGUCCGCAUUUCAAGCAGAAUGUAUCAAAUUCACACUUUCCGAAACAAUAUAAGAACCGAAACACAGCCAUCCUUCAAAAUUCACAUUUAUUAGAAUUUUGGGAUGCAGUUACAAUAUUUAGAAAAAUGCAUUCAUUGGGGGAAAGUGUGCAUAAAAAUGAAUAUAUAAGUGAAAAUAACAGCAAAAAGGCAUGAUAUGAUGUGAGAUGGCUUGCAGAAAUGUGUACCUUUGUCAAAACUGCCUACAAAAAUGUGUUUAUCUGGAGAAAUUCACACUAAAACAGUGGAGAAUUUUCAUGAGGAUUUUUUUUAAAAAAAUCACAGAUUGCUGCAGAAAUGUAGAGAACUGAAAUUAACAUUGGAAAAAUUAGAAACUGAGAGAACUGAAAUUGACAGAUCUUCCCAUCCCUAGCACCUAUAUCUCUGGUAAUUGUAAGAUACAGAUUGGGAUCCAAAGCAGUGUGAGGCAUUGCUUGACUCAUGCACAAAAGCUUUCAAGCUCAUUCUUCAAGUGGCAGCUCCACAUGCCUCCCUCAUAAAAGCUCCCUUCCAAGGUCAGAGGAUCCUCCUGUCGUAAUUACAUAUGAGCCUUGUAGGAUCAGAUCAACAGCUAAUCUAGUCAAGCCUCCUGUUUCUCACAGUAGCCAAUUAGAUGACUCCAGGAAGCCCACAAGCAGGCCGGGAUAUUUAUCUCCCACUGUUGUUCUGUCCUGAAUCCAUCAAUCAGUUUUGCUAGAUAACCCCAACAAGAGAGAGAGAGAGAGAUUCACUUAUACCAUGCAUGAUUUUAUAAAUCUCUAUCACAUGCCCCCUACUUGUCACCUUUUUCCUAAACUAAAAAGCCCCUAGGUAUGAGAUAUUGCCAAAGGAUUUCCCCCCCACUCCUAUGCACAACAGGAAGUGCUUUGUGCUCUGCUUACACAUGAUGGAUUUGAAUCUCGCCUCUGAAAAGCUCUUGAGAUACACUUUUUGGGGGUUGUUUGUAGGAGGGGUUGUUUUGCAAGUUAAUCUUGAAUCUCUCCAAAAGUUGAUCUUUGAACCAUGCUGUGAACCUUGUCCUCUCCAAUACUAAAAUAUUUUGUUCCUUCUAAUCAAAUCCAAAAUGGCACCCCUGCAUGUCAGAUGUAGAACUAUGGGGAGCUCAACUGAGCAAGGACACAGUAAUGCAGGGGGAGUCAAUGUGGUGACCUCCAGAUGAUGUGAAAAACAAUUCCCAUCAUCCCUGAUCAUUGGCCAUGCUUGCUGGGGAUGAUGGGAGUUGUAGUUCAAAACAUCUGGAGGGCUCCUCGUACAGUAAUCUAUCGUUUGUUGCAUGGACUGUUGGCCAAAUUUUAAUGCUAAUAGAACUGCUGUGCGGGAAUCUUUUCAUCUGUUACCACCCUCAAAUAUAGAGGAAAAAGUAUGGAAUGUACACUGUCUAUUUUCAAGCUAAAAGGAAUGAAGAGGUUUAUUUAUAAGCCGCACAUAUGUGACAUUUCAAAGUGAAUCUGCCCUUCAUUCUUCUGUGGAUUUUUAAAGAUUGUUUCUUAGGUUUGUCUGUAUAGCUUGUGAUGUCUUUGGGAAGUAAUUUCCUCAUUUAGCUCAUUUUUUUAAAAAGAAAAUAUGGUGGAAGUAUAUCAUAAACAAGCUGUAUAUGAAGUAGAACAUGAAUGUACUAUAUUUAAAAGAUGGGUUUUCAGGUUGGAUGUUGAUCAAGUUUU